UGCAUGUAUAUACAGAUCAGGAAUAGAAAUUCGACUUCUCGACUGCACAAACACUGUGAAAAAUGUUAUAAUCGGCACUGCAAAAAGACUUUUGAACCUACUGUUUCCUGUUUGGUUAUCACUUGCUCUUCCAAGUGUGGUGCUGUCUUUCACCAGUGUAAGGAGGAUGAACACACACUACUAUGUCCACUGGAACAAGUACCUUGUCUGAAUUCAGCCUUUGGCUGUCCCUUUGUUAUGGCACGCCACAAACUUUCCAAGCAUCUUUGUGUUUGUCCUGCCAGCAUUGUGUGUUGCUCAAUGCAAUGGAACCGCUGGCCAGCUAAUGAAGAUGACAUUGCAGUAAAUAAAAGUGCUGUCAAAGAUUCCUUGAAUCCAGAAGACUUAGACUUUGGCACUGCAAUGACAGAUCAGAGGAUUCUUUUCAAUUCAGUGAAGAUGGCCGAACUUUUCCCUGAGAUGGCUGAGCCUGUUGAUGAAAAUGAGUUGGAUUUGAAUGAAGAAGGGGCAGUGGGAGGACAACAAGUUAAUUUGACAACUUUGGAUGGGAAUUUUAAUGAAAGAGGUACAGAAAUAAAUCAAGAUGGAUUAGAUCAAGUCUAUACAGAUGUGGCAGAAAUGGCUGAACCUACCCAGGAAGAACAAAUUGCUACUGCAGAAUCCAAUCAAAUAGAAUAUUUGUCUAUGUAUUCUACUUGGGAGCAUAUUUUCAGUAAGGAUAAAGGUGGUUGUGCCUCUGAACAGAAAACCAAAAAAGCUGAAAACAAGCAAAGGAGUGAAAUGUCAUCAGUUUGCACCAAAAGUAAGAAAAGUUCACCUGAAAAUAAGACCAACAUACCAGAUCCAGCUUUGUUAGCAUCGAUUGAAAAGACAGGUGAAGCUCCUUGGCAGGAAGGUGUUCUAGAAAGACUAGAAACUCGGAUGGAUAGAAAACACUUCAAUAUGUACUUGGUUCAUCAUGGCAGUAUGCUUAUUCGAUUUGGCCAGAUGAGUGCAUGUACACCCAAAGAAAAAGAUUUUGUUUAUGGGAAGCUGGAGGCACAGCAGGUUAGAACCGUCAAUACUUUUAAAGUUCCUACCAGUUAUCGUGCCAAGCGUGGACAUGUUGGAGAAACAUUAUUAAGUAAGAUUAAAAAGGAGAACAAAGCUGUGGACACUUCUGACCUGGACACAGAGGAUUAUUAUAAUGAUGAAGUGACUAUUUCAUUGCUUUGUUAUUUGGAAAAUGUUCUAAAAGGCCACAGUAUAUCAGAAAGAAAAGUCACUGAUGGACUGACCAUUGAUUUUGCAACUCAGACGUAUUCUUUCCCUUCCUCUCCUUUUAGCCGCGAUGUAACUUUGGCUGAUGUAGCAGCAGACAAAGCUUCUCGUCUAUAUCUUCAGCUCCAGACGGAAUGUAUCACAAAACGAUACAAUAAUUUGAAUUCUGUCUUUACAUUUAUGUGCUACCAUUUCUUCAGGCGAGACGAGUUUUCAUCGCAUUUCAGGAAUGUGCAUGCUGAUAUUCAGUCAGGCCUGAGUGGCUGGAUGGUACAGAGAUGUCCUCUUGCUUAUCUUGGCUGUUCCUACUCACAAAUGAGAUUCUGCCCUUCCAAUCAGAAAGCUAAAGUGAUCUACAAUCAACAUCAAAGUACGUUUGCAGUCAAACCAGAUGUUCCUGCAGUUCUAUGUCAGCACAGUCACAGAGAUUCAGAAGUAUGGAAAAGUAGAAAAAGUGGGCUCAGCUUGAGCACUCUUCCAUCUGAGAUACUGAGGUACAUUGCAAGCUUCUUGGACAGCUAUAGCCUAGCACAACUGUCCCAAGUGUCUGUAUUGAUGAACGCAGUCUCUUCCACUUUACUGCAAGAGCAUGGCAUGGUCUUUCUUGUCUGGGAAAAGAAGAGUUACUCACAUGGAAGCUUCUCUUGGCGAGCUCGAAAACGGAGGUGGCAGUUCAGCUCUGUCUUCUCUACUGUCGACAGUUGGAGGUUUAAUGAUAACCCCAGUAUCGCAGAACAUCUGAAAACCUGUCCAUACUAUGUGACAGAGAGUAAAUCAAAGCCUGUAGCUCUCAUCAGUAUGUGCAAGUCUCCAGAGUUGAAACAAGAGAAAAAGACCCUUGUUACAAUGUUUAGUAAGAAGAAAAACACAAAUAGAUUUUCCAACCUGAUUGUAUAA